GACUUUUUUGCCAAUUCACAGAUGAGAGUAAGAUAACCUGAAACCAGUUUUCUGAGGGCAGUGUGGAGAACUGCCAGAGUCAGCAGACCAAUGAAAGAGGCAGUGGGAAGUCUUUCAACUUUACAAAGCUACAGUCAGUUCACCAUGGUGUCUUGAGGAGGAGUAAGAUUUCUAAUCAGAGGAUUUCACUGAUUUUACUCCGAUGAUGGACUUGUUUUAGACCGUGGGAUCAACGAAACGGGAGAUAUUAAAGAGUGACGACAUUACUUCAAGUUCUUUUUACGUUUCUGAUCCUUGGUGAUUUUACAGUCUGAAGAUGGCAGAACGGUAUCCCUGGUGGAAGUCUUUAACUGGCAGAAAGAAAAACAACAUCCUGAAAGAGACUGUUGUUCAGCAGGAGGCAGAUAAUGGAGAAGUCAAGCCUUCUGCUAAACAAGGCACUGAAAGCCAAAACAACUCCAACCUGAUCAGCCACGAGACUUACGAUGACUCGCAGCUCGAGCCAGUGUUCAACGAGAACACCUGCCGGAGGAAUCUGAGGGUAUCUCGCUCUGGCAGGUUUAAGGAGAAGAGGAGAGUGAGGGGGACUUUACCGGCCAGCGGCGGCUUUUACGAGACCAACACACCACAAGCUGUGGCCAAGUAGCUCUGAAUAACUGAGAUCUCCAUAAUGAAGAAGAACUGGACCAGAGAGCCAGACUCCAGCCUAGUGCUGAGCGGUGUGGACCAGCCUUGUGGUGGUCUCUACACCAGUUAAGUAGCAUAUUGACCAAGUUCGGUAUUAGGUAACAUGUUCUAAUUGUAUGAUAUUCAUUUUGUAAAUUCAAUUAUUUGUGUAGAAAGUAAUUAGUUUGAACCAGUUACCUUUCUAGUGUAAACACUACAAUACCCAUAAUGCACAUGUUCACAACUCUCAGCAGGCUGGUGACAAAACAACAGGUAGGCCAAUGGGCAAUAUUAUCAUGAUAUAUCAUUUUUAUUGUUUUUUUUAGAUCUUCAAUUCUAGAGAGUUUGUGCAAAUUCUAGAGAGUAAAUGCAAAAAAAGAACGUUUUAUUCCUCUGGUAGUGACAGAUAAUGGCAGUAUGUGUUGUCUAAACUAUGAAAAGGACUGUAAAUUAUAAAUAUUUAUGAUAAACAUGAAUGUUUUACCUAAGCAUAUUAUAAAAA